GGCAGUGAACGUCAAUGCAGCGCUACCGAUUUUAUCAAUAAACGCACGUUUCCGACGCUCUAGCUUACGUUAGCUCAUGGUUAGCUCGCAAAUCAUUACAACGAGAACAGUAAUAGUAGCGGAGCUAACAGGUUGACACACACACCCCGCUCGUGAACCAUGGGUCUGCUGACGGAGGGCUCGCCGCUGAACUGGGACAAGACGCGCGAGUGGGCGCCGUACGUGCGCGAGCACGGCAUUAAGCAGCUCAUCAACCUGUGGCGGCGCCUCAAGGACGUAAUCCACGACGAACUGAAGUGGGGCGACGAGGUCGAAUACACGCUCAUCAAGCUCGACCACGCCUCGAAGACCGCCAAGGUGCUGCUGAAGGGCGAACCGAUCCUACGCGAACUGCAGACGAAGGAGAACAAUAAGACAGUGGACGAGUUCCUCCUGUCAGUCUGGAGGCCUGAGUAUGCGAACUACAUGGUGGAGGGAACUCCGGGCACGCCGUACGGCGGCCUGCUAGCGCACUUCAACAUCGUAGAGGCAAACAUGCGCUACCGGCGCGCCGAGAUGAUGGCGCUACUCGACGACUCGGCGGGCGAGACGGCGCUCAGUCUCACCGCGUUCCCACGCCUCGGAUGCCCCGGGUUCACGGAGCCGCCGGCCGAGCCGCGGCCCGAGACGGAGGAGUCGGCGUCUCGCUCGCUGUUCUAUCCCGACGAGGCGAUCUUCCCGGGUCACCCGCGCUUCCGCACGCUGACGCGAAACAUCCGGCACCGGCGGCGCGAGAAGGUCGCGAUCAACAUUCCCGUGUUCCGCGACGAGCAGACGCGCUCGCCGUUCCGCGAGGACUUUGCGGCGCUCGGCGACGACGGGGAACGCGGGCGGCAGGCACGCGACGAACACAUUUACAUGGACAGCAUGGGCUUCGGCAUGGGCUGCUCCUGUCUGCAGGUGACCUUCCAGGCGUGCUGCGUCGCCGAGGGUCGACUGCUGUACGACCAACUGACGCCGCUCUGUCCGAUCCUGCUCGCGCUGAGCGCGGCGAGUCCGGUCUACCGCGGCUACCUCAGCGACGUAGACUGCCGGUGGGACGUGAUCGCCGCGUCGGUCGACGACCGGACGCGCGGGGAGCGAUCGCUCGAGCCGCUCGCGGACGGGGAGCGGUUCCGCAUCACGAAGUCUCGCUACGACUCGGUCGACAUGUACAUCCACCCGCAGCACGCGUGCUGCAACGACGUCGACGUCGAGUACGACGCGGCCAGCUACGAGGCGCUGCGAGACGCCGGCCUCGACGAGACGCUCGCGAAGCACUUUGCGCACCUCUUCAUCCGCGACCCCGUCGCGCUGUUCAGCGAGAAAAUCCACAUCGACGACGAGCAGGAGACGGACCACUUCGAGAACAUCCAGUCGACGAACUGGCAGACGAUGCGCUUCAAGCCGCCGCCGCCCAACUCCCCGAUCGGUUGGCGCGUCGAGUUCCGUCCGUGCGAAGUGCAGCUCACCGACUUUGAGAACGCGGCGUACGUCGUGUUCGUCGUGCUUCUCACGCGCGUCAUCCUCUCCUACCAGCUGAACUUCGUCGUUCCGAUCUCGAAGGUCGACGAGAACAUGCGGGAGGCGCAGAAACGCGACGCCGUCCGCACGGGUCGCUUCUGGUUCGCGAAGGACCUCAUGACGCGCAACUCGCCGCCGGAGGCCGCCACCUGCCUCCGCGAGUGCAAGGCGGCGACUAACAGCCCCCAGUGCGCCGGCACGUGGGAGCGCAUGGGCAUCGACGAGAUCGUCAACGGGAAAGAGGGAACCUUCCCCGGUCUCGUCCCGCUCAUGCAGAGCUACAUGCAGAGCAUUGAGAUCGACGUCGACACGGCGUGUACGAUCAACCAGUACCUGGCGCUGAUCCAGGGCCGCGCCGCCGGCCGGCUGAAGACGUUCGCGCGCUACACGCGCGACUUUGUGACGUCGCACGCGGAGUACGGGCGAGAUUCGGUCGUGUCGCCGCGCGUCACGUACGACUUCAUCGCUCGCUGCGAUCGCAUCAGCCGUGGAGAGGAGUGUCCGGAGCUGUUCGGCGGCAAGGUGACGAAGACCGCGGACGAGAUCCCUACUGCUGUGAAGAAGGCCAACAGCACGCUGACACCACAGUAGUAGCAGCAGUAGCAAUAACAGCAGCAGCAGCAAUAGCAGCAAUAGCAGCAU